UUGCUUCCUCCCAGCUUUUGCUAUCAAAAUUAUCCUACCUGAUUCCUCCGUGUUAGACAAUGCAGAAAUAUAAACUGCAACUGUUCGUGUGGAUUUCAAUCAUUUUGGCUUCACUCAAUUAUAAAGUCUUGGUCACUGCACUUAACAUUGAGCUUCCCGCUUCAAUUGAGCAACAAGCUAGCAAGGAGCACUCUCUUCAGUUCAAAAAUGAAGGCGAAGGAAAUCUCAAAGAAUUAAUCAGUAGUGAUUUUCCUAGCAAACCAGACGAGCUCAAGUCCAGCGAUUUCGUUCCAAGAAAGAAACAUCCCGAGGGAUUAGAGAAUCAUCUGGAGGCUUCUUCAGCACCGAGAAGUGAAAAAAGCGUGAACAUUGAGAAAGAAGAUGGACAAAGUGAUGGGUUACUCGGAGCAAAUGGAAAACGGGAGGCUUCAAAAGAAGCAGAGGAACUAUACUCUCAUGUAGAGAAUCCCAAACCAUCAGGGUUGAUACAUGAAGUGGAAACUGAAAGAAACACCAUCACGGAGGAGAAGGAUCAAGGACUGGAAAAUUUGAGUGGAACACAGAGAAAGCCAGAGGAUUCAGAUACAGAUGUCAAAGUUAAAAAUGCCGAGCCAUAUGAGUCUCCUGCAAAGAAAAAAUCUGUUUACAAUUAUGAUAAAAUAACCCCGACUACGACGCUUGAGCCAUUCCGAAACGGGUUCUACAAAUCUACUUGCUUUCCAAGCCCCAUGCCAGCCGAUGAUCCGGAUGAAUUUUGCAUAUUUGUUAAUCCCACCAUUAACAAUGGACAAGGAAUGGUGAUCGUCAUUCCGGAAAAGCUUUUUGGAGAAAUGCUCGACAAAGAUCUCAGCCUCUCUGACGAUCCACCAGACCCUGAAUCCAUGAAAAUCGUGGAGAUGCCUGAAAAAGGUGGCCGGGGGGUCGUUGCUGCUCGAAAUCUUCAGACGGGUGAUGACGUUGUGCGGAUGCGCCCUGUUGGUAUCUUCCCGAAUUAUGAGCCAACAUGGAGAUCAAAUCCUCUAGCCUGUAGUAUUCGCCGACAGGCUAUUGAUCAUUUACCGCGCCAAACACGGGCUGCUGUGGCGCGUCUUGCUACUGCGGAUGAUGCUGAAACAGAGGACGAAUUCAUUUGGAACGUGAUUGAUACCAAUAAUUUUGGUACUAGACUCGACAAUGAAGAAGAUUCAAUGAUAUUUGGGGCAAUUUAUUUAAAUGCAUCCCUAUUUAAUCACGCAUGUCGGCCCAACUUGUUUGGCUUUCUAAAUUAUGAGACACAGCUCCUUUAUUUGAGGGCUUUUGAGCCAAUUUCAAUGGGCCAGGAACUCACCAUAAGCUAUCUUUCCCAAGAGAUGGACGCUACAGAUUUAGAAAGUCGAAGGCAGAAACUUCAAGGGUCAUAUGGCUUUCUUUGCACUUGCUCCCAUUGUCAGAUGAGUGAAGGACAGAAGGAGGAGUCGGAUCGACGACUUGUGCGAAUCUCUGAGCUUAGAGACCUCUACAACAAUGGUUCAGAUUUCUCAGCUGAUGAUGCUGAAGAGCUGGUCAAAAUUGCUGAGCAGGAAAAAAUCCCUUGGGCUAUCAUAAAUGCACACCUGACAGCUGCUAAAUUCUACAAUCUGAAAGGUAACACAGAAAAAAUGAAAGAGCAUGCUGAAAUAUUGAGAAGUCUGGGAUUGAUGUUUGAUGGAUCAGGUACAUCUGCUAUCAUGGAUAAGUAAAUAUUUCUCAUGAAACGUGAGAAAUAUAAAUGAGGGGAGAUUUGCCAUUCAGAAUAUGCUUGAAAACUUAGAUGUAUCAAUGGCCAAUAAUAUGAGACUUCACAACAUGAUGUGUUUUCCAAUUCUUAAGAAAUCUUUUUUGAUUUCAUUCUUUGAGAUUUUUGAUUGUUGACUGUGACUGUAUCAAUCAAUAAAUAAGAGAAUAUUGAGGCUUGCGAUUUCUGGGAUAGUAGUCAACCAUUGAUUUUGAUGAUUAUUGAUCUGAAAUUUGGUCAAGUCCCAUGCUUUCUGAGUAGAUUUAUGUCUGAAUUAAAAUGAAUAGAUGCAGUUAGUUUUUCAAUUGAAUAUGAUGAGUUUAACAGCUUCAACAAUGUACCUGAUUGAUUGUUUUGAGGUGAAAUCAAUAAAAU